CGCGGUUCGCGGCGUUCGCCCCCUUUUUGGCGCGUGAAAUUUCGAAAAUUGCCCUAAUUAUAGAAUACCGCAAUACCAUUUAUUGAUUUAUUCACACCUUCCAGAGAAAGGGGAGCGGAAAAUGCUGGGGAGAGUGAGGCCAUCAUCAAUCAACUCCUUAGGGCUGUUGGAGUUGGAAAGACCCAAUUCAAAGAUCAUCAAAGAUGAUUCUCUUUCGAUAUACGAAAGAACACUUCUGAAGCUUAAACAAGGUUCCCUUCGCAAUCCAAGCAUAGCCGUGGAGAAUUCAAUGGGGACGGAUGUAAAUUGUACCAUCGCAAGUGAUUCGACGGAACAGGAGGCAAUGACUAUCGAGGGCAAUUUUUCCUCGAUUGAUUCUUUGCCAGUUUCCAGUAACUGUGAAUCUACAGGCACCUCUAAAGAACAAGGGACUAAGAGCCUGUCUAUUCUCUGCCUGUUUUCAAGAUACAAGGACUCUCAACAACUUUCAGUCAGCUCAUCCGAUGAUUAAGAUGGGAUGGUCAUGUUGGCAGACAGUGCUUUUUCUUCGACCAGUGUUUCUCCAAGUCUUAGCAAUGGUCAGAUGCUUAGCACUUGACAGUUCAUGUAAUCUCCAUUUUGAACCAAGUUCUUCACCAACUCUUUUACAACAAUUAGCAAUUUAAAUAUGCAUGGUCGGGAUUUCAACCUUUCCCAUUGCAACUUCGUCGAAAAAGGCAACUUGAGCAAAUAUGCUUUUUGACAACUUGAACAAAUAUGCUGGCAGAGUGAAACGCCGUCCACCAUAGUCAUUUGUAUUUUGCUACUUAUGAACGCAGAUAAAAAUGUAUCAUUUUCAACAGAUAACAUUUACUGGGAAGUGUUCCUGCGUAAUGGAAGAUUCUCUUAUAGGGCAAUUCAAGAAAUUAUGUUUGUUUACCAA